GACCUUUUACAGACUUUAAAAUGUUUUUUUUUUUUUUUUCAUUUAAAAUAAAUUGACAGGCUGGUUGUCUGGUGGUACUAAAGCAAUGAAAUCUGCUGAUGAGGAGUUUGUCAUGGUGGGUGAAGUGUUUGCUCCUGCCAUAUUCCAAUUCUGUGGAGCGACGGCCCAGGAGGUCAACCGAGCCAAAGACUGCGUGACCAGUUGCAUCAUGAAAGAGCAGGCUUCUACUCAGAUCCAGGACCCACUAAUUAGUCGUUUCACCCAGGAGGAUAGAAAUGAGCUUCAGAAUCUGCAGAAGGAACUGACUGUCAGCAUCAGGGUGGAGAGGAGGAACACUGACUCCAUCAUCUCCCUGGAGGGCUUGACUCGAGACGUGUUCAAGGUCGAAGGACGAAUCAGAGAUAUGAUCCGGAAGGCAGAGAGGGAUGACACAACCGGACGAGAGGCCUUUGUGAUUAGCACCAGGGUGAAAUGGCAGUAUGUGGACUUGAACAAUACACCUGUGCCUUUCGACAUGUACACUAACAUGAAAUUAGAGCAGGCCUUCCAGAGUAAAAGGAGAAGAGUGACAAUCAAGAUAGGCAGACAUGAAUAUGAAGCAGAUGUGUUAAGCAGAAUAGCCUCAAAGCCUGGACGGAAGGAUAUAGAACUUAAACGAGUUGAUCAAAAAGAUGAUUCAUCAGUGAGCUUACCUAGUCAUUGGGCUAACAUGAACGCCGGGGAUGUUGAUCAAAUCAAACUUAGUGCAAGCAGCACUGAAUACGCGGAGGUUGAGAAGGAGUUCAGGAGAACUGGCCUAGCAUCAACAAUAAUUCAGAUUGAGAGAGUCCAGAACAGCACACUUUGGAUGAUCUACAUGAUAAAAAAAAACCAGUUUGAUCAGAAGAACAGCCACACAAAUAAUGAGAGAAAGCUUUUCCAUGGCACAAGUGCUGAUACGACAGACCAGAUAAAUCGUUCCGGGUUUAACCGGAGUUUUGCUGGGAGUGCAGUUGGUAUGGUCUUCUUUCAUUACUUUCAACAUCGGACACAGCUGUAUUUUGAUCAUUAACCUGUUACAUGCAAAUAAUGCUUGUGUGUGACUAUCCAGAACUCUUAAAGUAGCGGGUAAGCUAACUAGCCUGCUGUCUUUUACUAUUUUGUGAACCUUGAAUUGAAUGGAAAUCAAAGGCACAAUGGUAGUUACAAGCAACUAGCUUUCCAUCUUAAAUGUAGGAAUAUUGCAACACAUCUGAACAGUAAACUAAUGUCAUAGUGCUGCUCUCAAAACACAGCCCUUUGUGUUUUACAGUACUGAGAGACACGUGCAGAAAUAUAAUGCAUUUUGUGUGGGAAAUCCUCUGUGGUUAGCCUAGAUGGAUAGAAGUACAGUCUUUGCACAAUCCAGCUUGCUUAAAAAUUAACAAAAUGUUAUUUCUUAGCAUUAUGUUAAUUUGGUAGUUGUAAACCAUUUUAAAGUAUGCUUUUGUGGGCAGCUUGUUUUGACAACAAUAAUCUUCAUCAAGUAAUUUUGAUGACUUAAAGUAAUGUUAGGAACACAGAAACAUAUCUGUCUUUCCCAGUAGCCACUGAGGUUAUUCACAAUAAAGUUUUGUUUUCUCGGUCAGAAACCCUCUUAAAAUGUAAAGAAAAAGGGUUUUACAUCUAUUCAGCUUUUAAUAGUGCCAGCUUUGCUGUUGUUGUUAACAAGGCAAGUGUGUUGGUUGUUAGCUAGUUAGCUUCCAAGUUUUAAACAAAAACUUAAAUGUGGUUGGUUGCACAAUGAAGGGGAAAUAGGCAGGGAUAAUUUCUUCAAAUUUUCUAACCUUUGACUUCUGUUUAAUUUUAAUCCAGAGAUUUCAGUCAGAUGUAGUUUUUAUUAUUGCUUUAUAACUUACUUAAUUCAAAAAUACAAAAUAUAAAUUUCAGAGCAGAUAUUUUGCAAUGCACAAUACAUUUUCAGCCCUCUUGCAUCAGCUUUUGUCAUAGCACAAACACAUGGAUGUCUACGAAACCUAAUGCAAUGCUUAAGUCCCUGAUAUUGUAGUGUUAGGUUGAACCUAAGUGAAUUAGAUGGCAAUAGCGCUCCAAAAAGGACCUUAUUUGUACGGACAUGGUCCUUCUUUUCAAAGCGAAAUUACUUAGCUUACAUUAACUCUAUUUUUCCUUUUCACAGGUGCUUUGUAUGGAAAUGGCACCUAUUUUGCUGUUGAUCCCCAAUACUCAGCCAGAGGCUAUGCCAAACCUGAUAGAUCGGGACACAAGCGCAUGUACCUGGCAAGAGUUUUGGUCGGAGACUACACUCAAGGAGUAAGUGGCCUGCUAGCACCUCCUGCCCGAAACACUAGGAGAGCUGACUUGUUUGACAGCGUGACAGAUAAUAUGGCAAACCCCACCAUGUUUGUCGUCUUCAAUGAUGUUCAGGCCUAUCCUGAGUACAUCAUCACAUUUCAGUGAGAUACAUUUAUCUACUGUCUGUAUGAACAUGUUAUUCGAUAUGAAGGAAAAACAAAAUCCUUCACUAAAGAUGAUUAGUGAGCAUUUAAGCUUUAAAUAAUAUUGAAAAUGGAGUGAAAUUGCAGUCAUAGAAAUUAGGUACGUUUUUCUUUUCUUAUUCGACUUAAAAGAUUGUAUGCGUUUCCUAUUCAAACGUUCAAAAUUUGCCUACAAAAUUGGAUGGAAACCCGUCCGGCUACUGUUUGUCUUUUCAGAAUCAGCUCUUGGUUUGAUUAUGUGUACGUUGUUGCCUGUGUUAAAUUGUAAUUUUUUUCCAAAAUGAUGAAUCUACAUGUAUGGUGUUGCUGACGGGUCUGGACUUUUCAUGGUGAUAUUAUAUGUGUUGUCCAAUAA